CCAACCGCCCAGGCGGAUAUAAAAGUGUGGCCUGGCCCUCGUCCGUUCCCAGAUCAGCAUCGUGCCUGGCCUUCCCUUCCCAAAGCCCCCUCUCCCGCAGCAAACGCCCGAAAGUGUCUGCCCUUUCAAAGUUCUUUGCCAGCUUCUCCCGCUCCGCUCGCAACCAAUCGACCCAAGCCCAACCCGCAGCAUCCACCGCCAUGCCCAUCCCCGAGUCCGUCGAGCUCUCCCGUGCUCAGCAUCCCGUUGCCGGCUACUUCAUCAACCCACAGCAGGACUCGCCCUCCAAGUACUAUAAUGAGUUCCCGGAGCCCGUCCUGCCGCGUUCCCGCUCCAACGCCUGGGAUGCCCAUGUCUACUUUGAUGCCAAUGAAGCCGAACUGGCCCAGAAGCUCCACGACAAGUUCCGCCGCGAGUUCCCUGAGCUUCGCAUCUACACCAUCUGGGAUCGCCCCAUCGGUCCUCACAGCAAGAACAUGUUCGAGCUGCAGAUCGAUACCCCUGCUCAGUUCGGCGCCGUCGUUCCCUGGCUCAACUUCAACCGCGGCAACCUGUCGGUCCUUGUUCAUCCCAAAACCUCGGACGGUGGCAAGGCCGACCACACCCGCCAUGCCUUCUGGCUGGGCGAGAAGCUGCCGGUGAAGCUCGCGAUUUUUGAUCAGCUCUAAUUAUGCAUCAUACGCCGCCUAUUCCCUGGCUCUCUGAACACUGCCCAUGAUGAUCAAUACAGGCUUGCAGUAUUGCUCUCCAGCCGUU